UCUACAGAAGCAUCCACCUCCACCUGUAGACUCAAAUGAGCCACUUGUACGCCUUGCAUUCCCACCCUUUUAAAAGCUCCCCACACACCUCUUAAUCUUAGUUGUUUUAUUUCAUUUCUCCAAAAGUUCAUUUCAUCUUCCUCUUCUAAUGGCUCAGCAGAAGGUGGUUUUAAAGGUUCUGACCAUGACUGACGAUAAGACUAAGCAGAAGGCAAUAGAAGCUGCUGCUGAUAUUUAUGGGGUUGAUUCCAUUGCCGCGGAUCUGAAGGAGCAGAAGCUAACAGUGAUAGGUCAGAUGGACACAGUAGCAGUGGCAAAGAAACUGAAGAAAGUAGGGAAAGUGGAGAUAAUUUCAGUUGGACCUGCCAAAGAAGAAAAGAAAGAAGAGAAAAAAGAAGAGAAGAAAGAGGAAAAGAAAGAAGAGAAGAAGGAAGAGAAGAAGGAGGAGAAGAAGUAAUUAAUCAAACCACAAAAUUAAUUCUCUGAUCUGGUAAUACAAUGAUUUCAAGUCGUUGAAGAAGAUAAAUUUAUUGUUUCCUAAUCAAAGAACCUCCUUUUCUCACAUGGUUUUCAAGAAUCUAUCGGUGGAAGAUAUGUUCGAGCAAAUAAUACAAAUAGGGUUAGUGCAAUCCUGCUGUACUUACUGCACGUUCUGCUGUUUUCACAUGGUCAUACUAUUUGUUAUGGUGGGGGAUAUUUGUCUGUUUUCAUUUAAGAAGAAACCAUGUAAUUAGCAUUGUAAUUUUCCUACUUACAUGAUAAGUUUUACUGAGAAAUUUGGUGUCA